AUGCUAACCCUCCGGAAGCAGAGGAACAAAAGGUAUUGUCAGCAGUCUCCCGAGAGGAAUCGAAAGCUAGAGGUUUGCUUCCAGGCACCGGAACAAGGCCAGUCACAGCAGGAGGGCGCACAGGCCGCUAAACCCCCAGAAACUGAAGAACAAAAAGUACGGUACUGGCCAUUUCCAGCACGAGUUGAAAAGUUCAAAGUUUUUUUUAAGCCACCGGAACCAAGCAAGCCGCAACAGGAAGGCGCAGGAGCGGCAAACUUUCCGAAAGCAGAAGAACAAAAGUUUCUUGAGCGGGAUAGGAAUCUUGGGAUUCUCGUUUUUCAGCCAGCGGAGAUCGACGUGGCACAGAAGGAGAGCGUGCGAACGGCUAAGCUUCCGGAAACAGAGGAACAAAAAACGCUGGAACAAGGUCAGUCGCAGCAAGGUAGUGCAGAAAAGGCCAAGCCUCGGGAGGCAGAGGAACAGAAGCCAGUAGAGAAAGGACAGCAGGGAAGCGUUCGAACGGCUAAGCUUGCGGAAGCAGAGGACUCGAAGGCACCUCAACAAGGGCAGCCAAAACAAGAAAGCGUACGAACGGCAAAGCUUCCGGAAACAGAAGCACAAAAGCCAGCAGAGGAAGGCCAGCCAAAGCAGGAAAGCGUACGAACGGCAAAGCUCCCGGAAGCAGAAGAGCAAAAGGUAUGGCGCAACCUCUCUCAGAUCUCAGAGUAG